UUCGUGACGUCACGUUCGCUCUGCCUCGUUCUGGUCAGCUGAUGCGCGCGACUCAGAGGCUUCAGAGACCCGCCGCAGCACUCCCUUUCAACUGUUUAAACUCAAUAUUCUCCCCUUAGUGCAUUGGGUAGAGAGAAGUGCAUUAUGGGGGAGCUGUUCCGCAGUGAGGAGAUGACCCUGGCCCAGCUUUUCCUCCAGUCUGAGUCCGCCUACUGCUGUGUCAGUGAGCUGGGGGAGAUUGGCAUGGUGCAGUUCAGAGAUUUGAACCCCGAUGUGAACGUUUUCCAGAGGAAGUUUGUGAAUGAAGUCCGUCGGUGUGAGGAGAUGGACCGCAAACUAAGAUUUGUUGAGAAGGAAAUCAAAAAGGCUAACAUACCUGUUUUAGACACAGGGGAGAACCCAGAGGUCCCUUUUCCACGAGACAUGAUUGAUUUGGAGGCCACCUUUGAAAAGCUGGAGAAUGAGCUGAAAGAGAUCAACACCAACCAGGAAGCCCUGAAGAAGAACUUCCUGGAGCUGACUGAGCUUAAGCACAUCCUCAGACGAACACAGCAGUUCUUUGAUGAGAUGGAAGAUCCUGCACUUUUGGAAGAUUCAUCAACUCUACUGGAUCCGAAUGAGGUCGGACGUAGCGCUCCUCUCAGGCUUGGGUUUGUUGCAGGGGUGAUAGGCAGAGAAAGGAUUCCCACCUUCGAGAGGAUGCUGUGGAGAGUUUGUCGUGGAAAUGUCUUCCUGCGACAGGCAGAUAUCGAGGACCCACUUGAGGACCCUGCCACAGGAGACCAUGUACACAAGUCAGUGUUCAUCAUUUUCUUCCAGGGAGACCAGCUGAAAAACAGAGUCAAGAAGAUUUGUGAAGGGUUUCGGGCAUCUCUUUACCCCUGUCCUGAGACCUCUCAAGAGAGGAAGGAAAUGGCAGCUGGAGUCAACACUCGAAUUGAUGAUCUCCAGAUGGUGCUGAAUCAGACGGAGGAUCACAGGCAGCGUGUUUUGCAGGCGGCUGCCAAGACUGUCCGGGUAUGGUUCAUCAAGGUCCGGAAAAUGAAAGCCAUUUAUCACACUCUGAACCUCUGCAACAUCGAUGUCACUCAGAAGUGUCUGAUUGCUGAGAUCUGGUGCCCCGUGUCGGAUCUAGACUCCAUUCAGUUUGCCCUGCGUCGGGGCACGGAGAAAAGUGGAUCCACUGUUCCCUCUAUCCUGAACAGAAUGCAGACCAAACAGACCCCACCCACCUACAACAAAACCAAUAAGUUUACCUCUGGCUUUCAGAGCAUCGUUGAUGCCUACGGCAUCAGCAACUACCGGGAAAUCAACCCAGCUCCAUACACCAUCAUCACCUUCCCCUUCCUGUUUGCGGUCAUGUUUGGCGAUCUGGGUCACGGUGUACUCAUGACCUGCGCUGCACUUUAUUUGGUACUGCGAGAGAGCCGAUUAAUUGCCCAGAAAAACGACAAUGAGAUGUUUAACAUGGUUUUUGCGGGCCGUUACAUUAUUCUCCUGAUGGGAAUAUUUUCAGUCUAUACUGGGAUUAUCUACAACGACUGUUUCUCCAAAUCUCUCAAUGUCUUUGGCUCGGGCUGGAGUGUCAGACCCAUGUUUGGAGAGAAAGGAGGCAACUGGACGUCUAAAACACUGGAUGAUAACCGGGUAUUACAGCUGGACCCUGCUGUGCCAAAAGUAUUUAAUGGACCCUAUCCAAUUGGCAUUGACCCAAUCUGGAACAUUGCCACCAAUAAGCUGACGUUUCUGAACUCGUUCAAGAUGAAGAUGUCGAUAAUUCUGGGAGUCAUCCACAUGACGUUUGGAGUUACUCUCAGUCUUUUCAAUCACCUGUACUUCAACAAACCUCUGAAUAUUUUCCUGGGUUUUAUUCCUGAGAUCAUCUUCAUGGUCAGUCUUUUUGGCUACCUGGUGCUGCUCAUUUUUUACAAGUGGUUGGCAUAUGAUGCCAAGAGCUCAAAAGAAGCCCCCAGCCUUCUAAUAGCCUUCAUCAACAUGUGCCUCUUCAGCUACAAUGAUCCCACCAACAAACCUUUUUACACGGGACAGAUUGUAAUUCAGUGUCUGCUAGUUAUUACAGCUCUCGCCUGUGUACCGUGUAUGCUUAUAGUAAAGACCCUAGUAAUGCGCAGGCAAUACCUCUGGAAAAGACAUCUGGGAAUGCAAAACUUUGGGGGAAUCCGUGUGGGUAACGGCCCCACAGAGGAUGAAGCUGAGAUCAUACAACAUGACCAGCUUUCCCAAAACUUAGAAGAAGAAUUGCCUGAGCUGUCAGAGGAGGAAGUGUUUGAUUUUGCAGAUGUUACAGUGCAUCAAGCCAUUCACACUAUAGAAUACUGCUUAGGCUGCAUCUCAAAUACCGCCUCUUAUCUACGGCUUUGGGCGCUGAGUCUGGCCCAUGCACAGCUCUCUGAGGUCUUGUGGUCAAUGGUGAUGCACAUGGGCCUCGCUUCUAGGAAUUUUGGUGGAUUCUUUGCCCUGUCAAUCAUCUUUGCCUUCUUUGCUACACUGACAGUGUUUAUUCUGUUGAUCAUGGAAGGGCUGUCUGCCUUCCUUCAUGCUCUCAGAUUGCAUUGGGUGGAGUUCCAGAAUAAAUUCUACACUGGACAAGGCUUCAAGUUCAUGCCUUUUACAUUUGACAGCAUUCUGGAGGGCAAGUUUGAAGACUAAACCUCAUUCUCUCCCUCCAAACUAUCAGAUUGCUUGUGAGAUUUCAUGAUUUGUGUGAACACUUUGACUUUGUAAGGCUCUAAAUUUCUCAGGUGUUCUACAUCAGGAAAGAAAUGGAAUAAUUUACAAGCAGGUAAACAAGAUGUAAUUAGUUGAAGCUGAAAAUUAUAGAUCUGCAAAACAUAUUCGCAACGAUUUCAUAACUCUUCAAUUCUUGCAUCAAUAUAUAUAUGGUAUGUAAUAAUUCAAACUCGUUUUGUAUAACUUCAAACCAGUCUCUUAAAUUAUUAGAGUUUGUUUUUUAUGUAUCCUUUAUCCUUUAAGUUGACACAUUUAUAUAAUAGAUCUCAUGCAAAGGGACCUCAUUUCAAAUACAGCAAAGAAAGCUUCACUUUAUGGCAUUUCACAAGCUUCUGCUGAGACGAUGAUAUCCUCAUCAAGCAUAUCUGAAUAAUAGAUGCAGAUAAUCCCCUCAGAUUUAUUGCAGAUCUUUGCAUUCCUUCAAAAACAUAAGUAAAGAAUAAUUAUAUUUUAGUUAGCUUUGAACUGUGUUGCCGGUGUUUUUUUUUUUGUUUGUUUUUUUGGUGUGUGGUUUGCUAUUAGGAUUAAAUGCAAAUGCACAUCUAAAUUAUGUCAAUCUCAUGAAUCUGCUGCAGUGCCCAGUUCUGGGUUUUUUGAUUGUUGUUUAGAAAUGAGUUUACAACAUUCGCAUGCAUUGGCUCCUGAAGAAAAUGUGUUGGUUUGAUAGAUGUCAGAGGGAGUUUUGGAGAAAUUAACUAUACCAAGUAAAAGCAGUUAGUGAAGUUGAGGGAUUAUGUCUGUUUUGUUUGCCAAUAAAGGGGAAGGAGUGGACCAGAACUCA